AUGGACAGGCACGCUGAACAACCGAAGAGAGGCAAAAACACCCACAAGAUACAGUGCCCGUCUUCUUCUACUUCGAAUCCGGAAUCCGAAGCAGAAGAAAUCUCAAUCAGUUGUCACGUGCCUGAUGAAAUCAUCACCGAAAUCCUCUUAAGGUUACCCGUUGAAGCCCUAUUGAGGUUCAGGUGCCUUUCAAAAUCUUGGCUUUCAUUGAUCUCAAACCGAAAGUUCAUCAGAUCCCAUUUGGUUAUAUCCUCCAACAACGAUGUAUUUGAACACCACAGGGUCAUUUUUGCUGGUCCUGACGAGUCCUCUCUCUGUCCAAGAUCUCCCCUGAAACAGUGUUCUAUCCACCCUGAAUUACCUAAAUUCCUAAGUGAGGCAACUGACUUUUAUCCUUCCCUGGAACUCAACGACACCUCAUGUCCAGAAAUUUUGGGUUCUUGCGAAGGCUUGGUUUUUGUUUCAUGUUCGAGUUAUUAUUUGUGGAACCCAUCGAUCAAAAAGUCCAAGAGAUUGCCUGAUUUGGUUCCUCGGGAAUGUAAUUUUUGUUUAAGCAAAUAUGUAUGUGGGUAUGAUGCGUCUAUUGAUGAUUACAAAGUAUUUAAAAUUUCAAUUGAGGGAACAGAGGCCCAUGAUACUAUUAUAGAGGUCUACAGUUUAAACACAAAUUCUUGGAGAACUAUUGAGGGUUUUAAGGGUGACCCUUAUGAAAACAGUUUUUGUUUUGUGAGUUCGAAGCUGCAUUGGACUACAUGUCCCACAUUUAGUAGUGUGGCAAAAAUCCGGUGUCUCGAUUUGACGAAUGAUACUUAUGGAGAGGUGGAACAACCCGAAUUUGGAGAUGGGAAUUGCUUUUAUUGGAGCUUGCAUGCUUUAGGAGGGUGCUUUGGUUUGUGUUGUUACCAUCAAGGUUAUUAUUUAGGUCUUGAUAUUUGGAUUAUGAAAGAGUAUAGCGUGAAAGAAUCCUGGAUUAAAGUGGUUUCUGUUCCUUUGGAUGAUCCUAGGUAUGGUAUGAAGUAG